CUCUUAUCUUGAGCACGCACACCCUUCAAACCCAAGCCGAAGACCCUCCGUUUGCCUCGCUCUCUGCAUCGGUCUCCAAAGAUGCAGAUCUUCGUCAAAACCCUAACGGGUAAGACCAUAACUCUCGAGGUAGAAUCCUCGGACACUAUCGACAAUGUUAAGGCCAAGAUCCAAGACAAGGAGGGAAUCCCACCGGAUCAGCAGCGCCUCAUCUUCGCAGGAAAACAACUGGAAGAUGGACGGACCCUUGCAGACUACAACAUUCAGAAGGAGUCAACUCUCCACUUGGUGCUGCGUUUGAGGGGUGGAGCCAAGAAGAGGAAGAAGAAGACCUACACCAAGCCCAAGAAGAUCAAGCACAAGAAGAAGAAGGUUAAGCUCUCCAUCCUUCAGUUCUACAAGGUUGAUGAUAGUGGUAAAGUUCAGAGACUGAGGAAGGAGUGUCCCAACGCCGACUGUGGAGCCGGUACUUUUAUGGCUAAUCAUUUUGACAGGCACUACUGUGGUAAGUGUGGCCUUACCUACGUUUACCAGAAGGCCGGCGAUGACUGAUCUUCAGCUUCAAGCUGAGGAGGCAUAGAGAAACUUCGUUUUUAGUAUUUUUUCUUUUGAGCUGGUUGUUGAACUUGCUUUUAUGGCUGCUAUUUUUUAUGGUCUAUUUGGCUACUUUGGAUGGUAUUUUUUGCAGUUUAAUGGUCACUUUUGCAUUUUACAUUA